AAAAAUUAAAAAUAAUUUCAGGUCUUUUUAUGUCAAAUUUGAAAAUAAAAUAAAAUUUUGCAAUUCUUUUAAAAAGGGAAAAUCUUUUUGAAAUGGCCGCUCAAUGUUCUUGCCCGGUGGAAACCACCACAACAUACCAUGAACAGUACCAGCAGUUGGAGAAAACGAAACCCAUCAAAAUUCAUGCCAAGCCAAUAGGUCUCGAUCAGGAGUUGAUAAGUGGGCAUAUUGGCAACAAUCUAUACCCACAUGUCAAGCCACCAAACAGCAAAGUUUGGCCAGGAAUGUUAAAAGAAUCGGAAGAAUACCAGGCAUUUCUGGCACGUUUGGAAAAAAGUCGUAAAGAAAUAUUUAAUCUCUAUUACAAAAGUCCACCGGUUCAGCAAAUGGUUAUACAAGACAUGUUCAGGAAUUUAUCAAAGAGCACAUAUCAAUGCAUCUAUUCGCCACAUGUUUAUGUGCCACGUAAGGAGUCCCUCCGGGCUAAAAUGGUUGAUAGCAGUGAUGUUAAUAUGCCUUAUCAAGAAACUACAUAUCGCACGUUUUAUCGGGACAUUCAAGAAUUGGAGAAAUUUAAAGAUUUGUUAAUUGCCACCAUUACAAAUCGAGAGAGAUUGGAAUUGAAACAAGAACUUAGAGGUAUAUACAAAUGUGGUCGUUCCACCUAUAAUGAUAGCAUAGCAAAACCUGCAGCCAUAUAUGCCAAGCCAACACGAUGGCCAGCUCCCAUUGAUCGUUACACCCUGAGACGUUCGUAGCAGCAUCCCAAUGAAUACUUACACUUUUUCCCACUCAUGAAAUAAUGGUAAAAUUUGUCUUGUAUGCGAUACCGGUACAAAAAUCAUGGAGUACUUUAGGAAUAUGUUGGUAUCCUGGAAAAUAAAAAAUUCAAAAUUAUUAUAAAAUAAAAUUGAAAAAUAUUCCACUUUUCAAACUUA